AUGGCAGCAGAAAAAAAAGGCGACGCAUCUGAAAAAAAAAUAGCAAGAAAGCCUCACCGUAGAAUGACUAAAGGAUGUCAAAUGGAGACUUUAUUAAAGUGUGCUGACAACUCUGGCGCCAAAUUACUUAAAAUUAUAGGUGUUAGAGGAUACAAAGGCAGACUUAAUAGAUAUCCUGCUGCUGCACCUGGUGAUAUUGUUGUCGUAUCUUGUAAAAAAGGUAAACCCGAUUUAAGAAAAAAGGUACACUAUGCUGUGUUAGUGAGACAAAAGAAGGUCUGGAGAAGAGAGGAUGGUACACAUAUCGGCUUUGAAGAUAAUGCUGCCGUACUUAUUACAACAAAAGGUGAAAUGAGAGGAGGGCAGAUAGCUGGAUCUAUACCAAAAGAAGUUGCUGAAUGCUGGCCAAGAAUAUCUAAUUCUGGAAAUUCAAUAAAUUAA